UAAAAUGGUAAAACUUAAAACAUUUAACAAUCUCCGUGAUCCAAUCCUUGGCUUGCUGGUUGCUGCAGAUCUACAGAGAGGAGAGAACACUUCAAUUUCUAUUAUCUAACUCUCUCUCUCUCUGCAACCCAAUCAACCCUAGCUCGUUUUGACCCACCACUGCUGCCAUUGACAAUUCUUCAACCCACAAUACCAAAAUCCAAACUGAAAAUUCGGUUGUUGGACUUCUUUGUUUGCUGUAGAUUCGAUUUUCCUUUUUCGGAAAAUUUUUUUUAGUGUUUUUACCAGCAAUGAAAGAAGGGAAAUCGACUAAAUUGAAUAAUCAGCAAUUACAGCAACAUCAAAACGGCCACUUUUCUCCUUUCAAAAUUGCCAAAUUGUUGGAUCCAGAGGCUUCUUGGGACAAGGAUCAGCUGGGUGAUGUCUUGCAUUGGAUUAGGCAAGUAGUGGCCCUUGUAUGUGGAUUGCUUUGGGGUGCCAUACCUUUGGUUGGGGGCAUAUGGAUUGCCGUUUUCCUCUUGAUAUCCUCUGGGAUUAUAUAUGGUUAUUAUUCAAUAAUAUUAAAGGUUGACGAGGAAGAAUAUGGUGGUCAUGGCGCUCUCCUCCAAGAGGGACUUUUUGCUUCUAUUACUCUGUUUCUGCUCUCAUGGAUUCUAGUAUACAGUUUGGCUCACUUCUGAUUGACUUGGUACCCCAAUUUGGCUUCCUUGCGCCUUCUCCACAUCAAAGCUUUGUGUGAUCUUAAUCAGUUGGAUGAGGCACCAUAGCCCUGAAAACUAUGAGAGAGUUCUUGCAAUUAUUAUCACUUAGCUACACUAUGAUGGUGGAACAUCUUGAUUUUGUAGUAUGUCAACUUCCCAUUGAUGAUAAAUCAAUCUUUAGUUCAACGUUGUCAUAGAUGUUGCUCCAGAUGUUGCAAUUUAUGGGCUGCGCAUCUGGCAGUCAAAAUUCUGAAUUCGCUCAAUUUGAAUGAUUAAUGCAGUUUGUAGAGAGGAAAUAUUAUUUA